AUCUCGGUGGGUCCCACGGCGCAGGAACCCCCCACGUGAUCAUCCUCCCGUGGCUCCCUCGGAGAGCAUCCCCCACCCCACCAGAUCAGCUCGCCGUCCGGCAUCCCCUUCCUCCUCCCCCUCCUCCUCCUCCGGUGGACCGCGCUGCCGUGGGCGCGGAGCGAAGGCCUCCGCUCGAUCCGUCCCGCGGAGCACCGAUCGCGCUUUGAUUCCCGGCCGUUUUGUUGGAGGCCAAGCGGAGGGGAGGGGGGCGAAGCGAGCAAGGAAGUAGCCUGAAGGUGGGGUGAGAUGGGGAAGCAGAGGAACCAAGAUUGAUCCAGUGAAACUGAGGAAACUUGGGACAGCGUUUAAGAAGAAUGGGCCUGUAACUGCUGGCACUUCUUCUACUGCAAGCACUGUACAGUGAUGGUGCUGCUGCAAUUGCACUAGUCAAUGGGGUGAAAGCUACGAACCUUGGCCUUCAAGUUAUUGCAAGGAUAAAAUUUGAGCUGAAGGUCUCAAGAUUCACAAAUAUCCUCAUUCUAGUCGAUACGAUCAAGAAGGCGACAGUUUGGUCACACUUGGAUCCGGCCACAAAAUGACUGUAAUAGAUUUCAUAGAUCUGAGCGAUCAUGAUAUUAUUGACUUGAGCAGCAGCGAUGACGAGACUGUUCAGGAGGAUCAUAUUGCAACUCAGCACCGGGCGGCGUCGCUUGAUAGGCAGACUGUGCAUGUCAUAGCUGGUGAAGGAAUCCAAGAUGUGCAGGCUGCGUUUGUUGCAACUAGUGAAGGAAGGCAAGAUGUGCAGGCUGUGUUUGCUGCAGCUAGUGAAGGAAGACAAGAGGCUGCCGACUGCGGACAUGCUUUGGAAGCCACCACAUCGUCCUUGGUUACGGAAAAAGAACCUCUUGUUGCAGCUAGUGAAGGAAGCCAAGAUGUGCAAGCUGUGCUUGUUGCAGCUCGUGAAGGAAGCCAAGAUGUGCAGGCUGCGUUUGUUGCAGUUAGUGAAGGAAGUCAAGAAGCUGCUGACUCUGGAAAUGGUUUGGAAGCUACAGCAUCGUCUUUGGUUACUGAAAAAGCACCUCUUGAUAUGGCUGAAUCGCACAACUGUACUCGCUCUCCCACAUCAGCGCCGUUCCCCAGCCCGACUUCUACCUUUCUGAAGGCUCCGACCUUUGAAGGUGGCGAUGCAAAGAUGGUAAGAGGGAAGGUGAAGCGUCCCAGGAAGAACUACCACACCGGUACUCCUAGGACAAGUCCUAGGUUUGAACUGAAGCCUGAAUGUCGGAACGGGCCUCUGGAAGAGCUGCCAGCCGAGGCACUGACCUCUGAAGGUGGCGACGCGGAGCUGGUGAGAGAGAAGAUGCAACAUCCUGGGAAGGAUUACCAUACCGGCACUCCUGGGACAAGUGCUAGCUUUGAACCGAAGCGUGAAUGUCAUAACGGGCCUGUGGAAGAGCUGCUAGCCGAGGCUCUGACCUCUGAAGGUGGCGAUGCGGAGUUGGUGAGAGGGAAGGUGAAACGGCCUAAGAAGAACUACCAUACGGGCACUCCUCGGACAAGUCCUAGGUUUGAACCAAAGCAUGAAUAUCAUAACGGGCCUGUGGAAGAGCUGCCAGCUGAGGCACUGACCUCUGAAGUUGGCGACGCGGAGCUGGUGAGAGGGAAGCUGAAACAUCCUAGGAAGAACUACCAUACCGGCACUCCUCGGACAAGUCCUAGGUUUGAACCGAAGCAUGAUUGUCGUAACGGGCCUGUGGAAGAGCUGCCAGCCGAGGCACUGAUUUCUGAAGGUGGCGAUGCGGAGUUGGUGAGAGGGAAGGUGAAACGUCCUAAGAACUACCAUACCGGCACUCCUCGGACAAGUCCUAGGUUUGAACCAAAGCAUGAAUAUCAUAACGGGCCUGUGGAAGAGCUGCCAGCAGAGGCACUGACCUCUGAAGUUGGCUACGCAGAGCUGGUGAGAGGCAAGCUGAAACAUCCUAGGAAGAACUACCCUGCUGACACUCCUAGGACAAGUCCUAUGUUUGAACCGAAGCGUGAAUGUCAUAACGGGUCUGUUGGAGAGCUGCCAGCCAAGGUUCUGACCUCUGAAGGUGGUGACGCCGAGCUGGUGAGAGGGGAAGUGAAACAUUCCAGGAAGAACUACCAUACCGGCACUCCUCGGACAAGUCCUAGGUUUGAAACAAAGCGCGAAUGUCGUAACGGGUCCGUGGAAGAGCUGCCAGCUGAGGCUCUGACCUCUGAUGGUGCUGAUGCAGAGCUGGUGAGGGGGAAGGUGAAACAUGCUAGGAAGGACUACCAUACUGGCAUUCCUAGGACAAGUCCUAGGUUUCAACUGAAGCAUGAACGUCGCAAGGGGCCCGUGGAAGAACCGGCAGCCGAUCAUAAGAGGUUCCGCACGCUAGAAGAAUUAAUUGCCUCUCCUGACAAUGCAGAAUCUGCUAUGACCCCGUCUAUUGACUCUCUGAACUAAGUGUGGCCGGAGCUCACGUUGCCCCAUGUACUGUGAAGGCUGAACAACAUCAGUAGUACUUGAAGAAAGCUGUUCCUUGGGAGUUGAGAAACAACAUCAGGCUGCAAGCUGAGAUGCAAGUGUGCACUAAUCAUGUAACCAACCAGCAAUAGGUUGAAAAUUGUGAGCAACUGCAGUGUGAAAUUUGUGAAAAACUCUGUUUUUUAUUUGGAGGCUGGAACUAUAUUUAGUUGUGUUCACAGGGGAAUUUACAACUGUGAAUGUUGAACAACGUCGGUUAGUGCUACUUACUGGAAGUAAUUUCUUUUUGGCGAGGGUACUUGCUCGAA